CACAAGCCUACUCCAAUCCACAACUCCAGCUACAAACUCAUUUGCACAUUCCGUCAACAGUCGCCAAACACAAAUCCAACAUCAUGGACUCCCUCAAGAACGCCGCUCAAAACAAGCUCGGCAAGGACGCCCAGCCCGGCAACAGCUUCGAGCGCUCAGCCGACAAUGCCGUCAACCAGCAGGUCAGCAGCUCGACCAGCAAGGCCGGCAUCCCCUCGUCAGCCAACAGCACUAUCAGCAACUCCAUCAACAAGAAGGUCAACGAGAAGAUCCCCGGCGGUAACUAAGCCUGCGGGAGGAUGAAUGAUAGCACGACUGUCAACGGAUUAAUCACUAUGUAUUAUUCAAAGGAGGGACAUGUGUACGAGAGCGUUCAAAUAUUUACAACUAAAU